CGCUCCGCUCGCUACCGUACCCUAACGAGUAAUCACCGGUAGGUCGUCAAAUGCAUUGAUCGAUAUUAUAGCCCUAAGUCCUAAGCCUUCACUUCCGAUGUCCACUCCGACCAUAACGGACACAGCCCUAGAAGUCGGCUUCAACAAAAUGAAAUCGAGAAGUGUGCGCUGCAUGAAGUUCUUUUUAACUCUCUUCAAUAUUAUUUGCAUUAUCUUCGGAUUGAUUUUGAUGGCAGUAUGCGUGAUCAACAUGCGAGAUAAGAAGUCGCAGCCGGAGCAGCAGUCAGCUCUCUCCAGGGGGGUGCUGUCCUUUCUACUCACCAUCGGCCUGGCGCUGGUCAUCACCGCCAUUCUUGGCUGCAUCGGAGCUUUAAGAGAACAUCUUAAGACACUUUAUGUGCAUGCAGGCUUCUUCAUAUUCCUGGUGUCAGUGGAGCUGAUCGUGGGGGUGGGGGGCGCGGUGCUGAGCGCGUGGGUGGGGGGCGGCAGCGAGCUGCGCGUGCAGUUCUACAGGAACACCACCAUCGAUGACGAAACCGCCAAGUACCACAGCUUCUGGGAUGAUCUGCAGUCUGAUAACCAAUGCUGCGGUGUCGACGGCCCACAAGACUACGCUAUAAUACACCGCGACAUCCCCGCGUCUUGCUGCGCACGCGCACAUCCGCUGCGCGAGGGCGGCGCUAGGCGUCACUUACAUGCCAACUGUUUGACCGACCGGUCGUAUUACAUGCGCGGCUGCGAGGAAGCGUUAAGGCAGAAGAAAGCAUUUAAAGGAAACAUUUUUAUAUCGACUGGAAUUAUAUUUGCUUUGAUAGAGGUUCUUUGCAUCGUGUUGGCUAUUUGGAUGGCUAGGACGGUUCGCUCUGAACGUAGAAAACUUCAGGCUAACUUACAGGCACAUUUUGAAACUUAAUAGAAAACAUUCACACUU